GAGCAGCUCUUCUCUCCAUAACUCAACUAUGGCCAGCAACACUGGCAGAAAUGUCUGGCUCCUGGCUCUGACUUUCACUGCUCACCUGCUCGUCAUCAGUAAUCAGCUGACCAGCCCGCCAUCAGGCAAUCCCCACUCCUCUGAACACAGCACUGAGGGCCGGUCAACAAGGGGUCACGGUAGCCCACCCCUCACGGAUCACCAACCCGCUGCACCAUCCUGCCAAGACCGCAGCCAGCUCUCAUCCACGGGAUGCACUGGACACCUGCUGGAUUCUUCCCCCUCAUCUCACUGGGUCUCCUCAGAACCGACCAGAUACAACAACGAGGAGAUCAGGAUUGUGUUGGUGGGGAAGACUGGAGUUGGGAAGAGUGCCACAGGAAACACCAUUCUUGGAAAACAGAGCUUUAAAUCAGAGUUCUCCCCAAAAUCUGUGACUGAACACUGUGCUAAGGCCCGUGGUGAGGUGGAUGGACAAAAGGUUGCUGUUAUUGACACUCCAGGUGUGUUUGACACCAGAACUGAUGAAAAGAAUAUAACUAAAGAUAUUGCCCAGAGCAUUUCUUAUGCUUCUCCUGGACCCCACAUCUUCCUGGUCGUCAUCAGACUGGGCAGAUUCACAGAGGAAGAGAAGAAAACUGUGCAGAUCAGAGACUCUGUUGGAAAGGAAGCAGACAAAUACAGCAUGGUUCUCUUUACCCAUGGUGACCUGCUCAAAGGGAAACCGAUUGAAGAGUUCUUGGAGGAAAGUGAAGAGCUGCAGGAACUUGUGGCCAAAUGUAGCUACCACGUCUUCAAUAACGACCUGAAGGAUCGUACUCAGGUCAGAGUGCUGCUCAACAAGAUCAGAAUUAUAACAGAGAAGAAUGGAGGAAGCCAUUACACCACUGAAAUGUUCCAAGCAGCAGAGAAAGCGAUUGAAGAGGAGAAACAACGAAUCCUGAAAGAGAAAGAAGAGGAAAUGCGCAAAGAGCGGGAGGAAGUGGAGAAGAAAAUAAAAGAAAAGUAUGAGAAACAACUGAGGGAAGCAAAGUCUGACAGCGAGAGGGAGAAGUUAUGGGAAGCUCAUGACAGAGAAAUGGACGAGAAAAUAAAAAACAUGAAAGAAGAGCACAAAAGGUCGGCUAGAAGGGAAGCUGAAAACAGUGAUUCAGUAUUCGACACGAUAAUGAACUUAAUAAUUUUUGUUAUUAAAAAAGUGGCAUCCUUUGUUUUAGACAAAAAUUGAGCUGGUUUGCAUCAGAACUUUUCACUCUCUGAUGUUUGGAUGCAACAGCAGAUUUAUCAACUGUUCUGACUUCUUGUAAAUCUUCACAGUCCUUUGUGUGAUUUUAUUGUGAUCAGUUAGUCCAAAAUUGACCAAAUAGACCUAUAAAUGUUCAUACAUGUCACAGAUUGUCAAGAACAAACAUGUGAAAGUGAUUAUGUAACAAACCUGAAUAAUUCUUGCAGACAUUGA